AUGACGAUGACGUGCUGCGAUGGACGCGCGAACGACGACGACGACGAGGUGGAUUCGACCCGCGGGCGGGCGGGACGGCGGGACGGUGGGCGGGCGGGACCGCGGGACGGUGGGCGGCUUCGGGAAUCGACGACGGUGGACGCCGCGACGUACGGGUCGCGCGGACGGCGUCUGGGGAAAGGAGCGUACGGUGAGGUGUUCGAGUACACGCGAUCGGACGUCUCGAGCGAUGGGACGGGCACCGGACGCGCGAGCGCGUCGAUGACGGUGGACGGGAGAGGGACGGAGGGCGGCGGCGCGGCGUCGUUCGCGGUGAAGGAGCUGGAUAAGCGACGGUUGGCGAGCGUGUUCGUCGGUUCGGAUAGGAAGCGGACUUUAUUGGAUCAAGCGCGAGCGGAGAGCGAGUUACAAUCGUUGUGCGCGUGCGAGAACGUGGUGGAGGCGUACGUGUGGGUGAACGACGCGAGCUCGACGCAGGUGCGGUUGGUCAUGGAGCAUUGCGAACGCGGCUCAAUCGUGGACGACGAGGCGGAGACGUUCGAGCCGUUCGAUUCGGAGAAGAUUAAGAUAAUCUUGAGGUCCAUCUUACGGGCGUUGCGAACGUGUCACAAGCGAGACGUCGUGCACUACGAUAUCAAGCCGCAAAACGUCUUCGAGACGAGCGACGGGACGUACAAGUUGGGCGAUUUUGGGUGCGCGUGCGAGGUCGAGCGAGAUAAGAAGACGGGCGAGCGGGAAUUAGUGAGCAAGACCCCGGGAACUCCCGCGUUUACCGCCCCGGAGUGUUGCGAGGGUGAACCCGCGGAUGGGUUCAAGGCGGACGUGUGGGCCGCCGGCAUGACGGCGCACGCGCUCGCCACCGGGAAAUACUUUUACCGCGCCGACGGCGCGUGGGAGACGUAUCAGAAAAUACUCACACAUCGCGUCGAUUUCACGGAGAUUGACAAAAGAGGCGACGACGGGUUUUCGGAUCUCAUGCGUCGACUUCUAGAACCAGAUCCGGCGAAGCGGUUGAGCGCGAGCCGGGCGCUUCUCCAUCCGUGGUUCCCGCAAGAGCCCGCUCGAGUGAUGUCGUCGACACCACGACCGGCGUUACGAUGGUAUCAACGACCGUUUCGCUGGUUACGGAUGAAGUUCGCGAAGAGGAAAAAGGGAAAGGAUGGGGCGGCGGCGGAGCGAAAGUAG